UCGGGAAGGUUUUUGUUCCGGGCCUGGCCGCCGCCAUCUUGCGUCAGUGCGGGACGGAGGAGGAAGCGGCAGCGGGCGAGCGGAGCGGUGACUCGGCAGCAGCAGCGGCCGCGGCGGGGCCUGACACAGCCUCAUUGAUGUCCAGCUCGCCGUUGUCCAAGAAGCGUCGCUUGUCUGAAUCUGAGACGAAGACAGGUUCAAACUGCUCCUCUGGCAAAUCGGUACCGACUGAUCUACGUGAAGCGCCUGCCAACGGUAUGGCCAAGAAUGGAAGCGAAGCAGAUAUUGAUGAGGGUCUGUACUCAAGGCAGCUGUACGUGCUGGGCCAUGAGGCCAUGAAACGGAUGCAGAAUGCCAACAUCCUGGUCUCUGGGCUGCGGGGACUGGGUGUGGAGAUUGCCAAGAACAUCAUCUUGGGUGGAGUUAAAUCUGUCACUGUCCAUGACCAGGGGGUGGCCGAGUGGUCCGACCUUUCCUCCCAGUUCUAUUUACGUGAGGGGGACCUGGGGAAGAAUCGGGCUGAAGUGUCCCAACCGCGGCUGGCGGAGCUGAACUCGUACGUCCCGGUUACGGCUUACACUGGACCCCUGAGUGAAGACUUCCUGGGCACCUUUCAGGUGGUCGUGCUCACCAAUUGCUCCCUGGAAGAGCAGCUGCGCAUUAGUGAUUUCUGUCACAGCCGAGACAUUAAACUGGUAGUGGCGGAUACCAAGGGACUGUUUUGCCAGUUGUUCUGUGACUUUGGCGAUGAGAUGGUUGUGACAGACACCAACGGGGAGCAGCCGCUCAGCGCUAUGGUCUCCAUGGUCACCAAGGGGUGCCCCGGAGAAGUAACCUGCCUGGAUGAAGCUCGGCACGGCUUUGAGAGCGGGGACUUUGUUUCCUUCACUGAAGUGGAGGGCAUGAUGGAACUAAACAGCAGCGAACCCAUGGAAAUCAAAGUGCUCGGCCCCUACACAUUCAGCAUUGGGGAUACCUCCAGCUUUUCAGACUAUGUACGCGGUGGCAUCGUCACCCAGGUUAAGAUGCCAAAGAAGAUUAGCUUUAAAUCUCUGCGCUGUUCCCUGCAAGAACCGGAAUUCAUACUCACCGACUUCGGCAAGUUUGAUCGGCCAGCCCAGCUGCACCUGGGAUUCCAGGCUUUACACGAGUUCCACAAGAAGCGUGGCCAUUACCCCAAGCCCCGCAACCAGGCAGACGCUGCCGAGGUGCUGGCAUUGACCAAGGAGCUGAACGAGCAGGCGGCGCCCCCUCUUAAGCAAGAGCAGCUGAACGAGGACGUCAUCAAGGAACUGGCCUUCCAGGCAACUGGGGAUCUGGCUCCCGUCAACGCCUUCAUUGGGGGACUGGCGGCGCAGGAAGUCAUGAAGGCCUGCUCAGGCAAAUUCAUGCCCAUCACUCAGUGGCUGUAUUUCGAUGCCCUGGAGUGCCUGCCAGAGGAAAACAAAGAUGGCCUACUGACGGAGGAGAACUGCAGCCCUAAACAAUGUCGAUACGACGGGCAGAUUGCUGUCUUUGGCAGCGACUUGCAGGCUAAGCUGGGCCAGCAGAAGUACUUCCUGGUUGGUGCCGGUGCCAUUGGCUGUGAGCUGCUGAAGAACUUCGCCAUGAUUGGUCUGGGCUGCAGUGAAGGCGGGGAAGUAGUUGUGACUGACAUGGACACCAUUGAGAAAUCCAACCUUAACAGGCAGUUUCUGUUCCGGCCUUGGGAUGUGACGAAAAUGAAAUCCGAUACAGCGGCUGCUGCCGUGAAGGAAAUGAACCCCAACAUCCACAUCGUGAGCCACCAAGACCGUGUGGGCCCUGACACCGAGCGUGUUUACGACGACGACUUCUUUGAGAACCUUGACGGAGUGGCGAACGCGUUGGACAACGUGGAUGCUCGGAUGUACAUGGACCGUCGCUGCGUCUACUACCGCAAGCCCCUGCUGGAGUCGGGGACAUUGGGGACCAAAGGGAACAUCCAGGUGGUGAUCCCCUUCCUAACAGAAUCCUACAGCUCCAGCCAGGACCCGCCCGAAAAAUCCAUCCCCAUCUGCACCCUGAAGAAUUUUCCCAACGCCAUUGAGCACACCCUGCAGUGGGCCCGUGAUGAAUUUGAAGGUCUUUUCAAGCAGCCUGCGGAAAACGUCAACCAGUACAUCACAGACGCCAAGUUCAUGGAGCGGACCCAGAAGCUGCCUGGCACCCAGCCUCUGGAGGUGUUAGAAGCCGUCUACAAGAGCUUGGUGACUGAUCGGCCCAAGACGUGGGCUGACUGUGUCACCUGGGCGUGCAAUCACUGGCACACCCAAUAUUGCAACAAUAUCCGUCAGCUGCUGCACAAUUUCCCCCCAAACCAGAAAACCAACUCGGGAACCCUCUUCUGGUCAGGUCCCAAGCGAUGCCCUCACUCGCUCACCUUCGAUAACAGCAACCCCUUGCACAUGGAUUACGUGUUGGCCGCUGCAAAUUUGUUUGCACAGACCUACGGCAUCGCGGGCACCAGGGACAGGGCGGCCGUCACGGAGCUCCUGCGCCAGGUCCGGGUCCCGGAAUUCACUCCCAAGUCGGGCGUCCGCAUCCACAUCUCCGACCAAGAGCUGCAGAAUGCAAACGCUUCCGUUGAUGACAGCCGGUUGGAGGAACUGAAAUCUUCACUCCCAAGUCCCCAGCAACUGCACGAGUUCCGGAUGUUCCCUGUCGAUUUUGAAAAGGACGAUGACACGAACUUCCACAUGGAUUUCAUUGUGGCCGCGUCCAACCUGCGAGCAGAGAACUACGAUAUUCCUCCUGCUGACCGGCAUAAGAGCAAGCUGAUUGCUGGGAAGAUUAUACCAGCGAUCGCCACGACAACAGCGGCGGUAGUAGGCUUGGUGUGCCUGGAACUCUACAAGGUGAUACAGGGCCACCGGCAGCUUGAGUCCUACAAGAACGGCUUCCUCAACUUGGCUUUGCCCUUCUUUGCUUUCUCGGAUCCCGUCUCUUGCCCCAAGAACAAGUAUUAUAACACUGAAUGGACUUUGUGGGACCGCUUCGAAGUGCAGGGCAUCCAGCCCGACGGGCAGGAGAUGACGCUGCGUGAGUUCCUGGCCUACUUCAAGAAAGAGCACAAGUUGGAGAUCACGAUGCUGUCUCAGGGCGUCUCCAUGCUGUACUCGUUCUUCAUGCAGCCGGCUAAGCUGAAGGAGCGCCACGACCAGCCGAUGACUGAGAUUGUCACCCGAGUCUCCAAGAAGAAGAUUGGCCGCCACGUGAAGGCCUUGGUCUUCGAGCUGUGCUGCAACGACGACAGCGGGGAUGACACGGAGGUGCCCUACGUGCGCUACACCAUCCGCUAGGGGGCGCCUCUCCCCCCCUCGCCAGCGCCGCCCGCCUGCCUGCCACAGACUGUUAGUGCGGGGGAGGGCCCGCCUCCCUCCCCCACCCUUCUUCACGGUUAAAGUGACUCAAAACAUGAAAUAACUUUUGUUUACCCGUCUAGGA